CACCCACCCCCUCCAGCGUUAUGACAUUUGUGAACAAGCCCUCUCCCUGGCCGAUUCUGUUCCUAACAGGAAGCGGUGGCCCCUCGGUGACCAGUUGUACCGGAAGCGAAAUCGACAAACAGGUCGGCCUAUGGGAACGACGGGUCAAAGGCCUCCGCCGGAUGAUACUGGGCUGGGACCAAACGAAACCACCCGACCUGCCCAAUCGAAUAGACAUCGACGUGGCCGGGUGUACCUCGGUCAGCCUGCGGCUAUACGAACCCCUCGAAGGUGCCAUAUCAACCAAAUUCAAAGUGCAAUGGUCUUCCCGAUCGGACUUUAGCAACGUGGUCGGCGAGCGGGAGGUCAGCGAGUGGACCAGCUUCCACGGGUGCAUGGGUGCGGUGUGCAAUCUGAGCGAACUGAUCCAAGGUCGGAGGUACUUCUUCCGGGCUUGCGCCGGCAACAUCAAAGGCUGGGGACCGUACAAACUGUCCACGCCGAACUGUGUGGUGCCAUCUAGCUGGCGCGAUGUGGAAAGCCGUGAAAAUCGGUUCGCCGGCAAGCAGCGCAAUCUGGACGACCUGUUCAAUGCCGUUCGGUUGGCACGGCCAGAGGACGCUUCCGAAAUCGCCCUGGACGCCACGGCGCCGGCCAAACGAGCCAUCAAGAAGAAAACCACCAUCAAGCAGCUCUUUUCGGCGGCGUCAAAGUUUCAAAAAAACCUCAAACGGGGCAUCUAUCUGGCGUGUGUGCUCUACCACGAGGACAAACUGCUGCUCACCAACGAGGACUUUGUGCCGGUGAUAGAGAUUGACGAAACGUUCACCAGCAACCUGCACACCGAUUUCUACUGGCUGAUGAAGGUGGCCUGCACGUGGGACGACGUGAAACUCCUGCGGAUGGACAUGGAACGGAACGCCUCAUCGGCGAUCCACUUCCGCACCAAGCUGCUGUCGGCCGCAUGUCAGAUGCAAUCCGCCCUCUCCAUUACGGAUCUAGGUCAAUUAUACUACAAACCGCUGCGCGACGUGCACGGUACGGUGGUGCUAUCCUGUGUUAACUGCAUAAAGAGUCCGAAAAGCGUUUCGGUGCUAAACUCCCGUUGGAUUCCGCUAAACAAAAUCCACAAGAAGCUGGCGCUCUCCACCGAGGACAGCAGCAUCAACGAGCUGCUAAUGAACUCCAUUCAGGACCAGAUCAACUACCACCAGGUGUCCAACAUCCGGUUGCCGCGGGGUCUGUACGUUGGCUAUCUGAAGAUGCAGAGCUCGGUGGACGUGAUCCAGGUGGUGGUCCCGGUCAAGGCGCCGAACGUUCUUCCGCACUGCAAGAUCCGGGACAAUCCGCACGUGUCGGCCGAAGAAUGGGAGCUCAUCAAGCAGCACAAAGCGCCCAGCAUCCUGGAGUUUCGACCGAAGAAUCAAGGCCCAACGGAAGUCCAGCUACACUUCUUGGAAAUUCUCACCAAAGCCGUGCACAACCUGUUCCAGUACAUGGACAUCCCGGUGGACGUGGCCGUGGCCCACCGACUGUACGACAUCGAGGUGAUUGAGCUGAACAACGACGUAAGUUUCCUGAUCAUCUGCCCGCCGGCGGAAAGCAGCUGCGCCGUGCCCGGACAGAAGGACAUCCUGCUGCAACGGGGCGAUUUGUUUUCCAUGCCCAUUCAGGCGUUCGAGAUGAUCCACUUGAAGUCCUACCAGAGUAGUAUAGUUCAGAAGUAUUCGAGGUUGUCGUGUAUUCUGGAGCUGGAUACUAUGAUGGCUAACCAUCUACAUAGGGAGGCGUUUAGUACUUCGGAAUUGCAGAAGGCGAAAGAUCGGUUAGCUAAACUUCAGGAUUUGUCUACGGGAUUGAAUACGGUUUGGAAGGGGGUCCGGUGGUUGAUGGACGUCAUUGGGUACGCUAGGGAUAGGGCCAAUAUGCCGGAAUUGAACAUGAAGCAGAUCUUGGACUACAAAAGUACGUAUUUCGGUAAGAAAGGUGCGGAGAAGAAAGGUGGAAGCGAAACGCAGCUGUUGCAACCACCGACUAAUCCACCGGUGUUUCACAAGAGCAGUCCUGGAAGGGGUUCUUGGCCUGGACCUGCCGUUGAAUACCCGUUGGGUCAUAACGGUCUGUUGGACGCAGAGCAUUCCAAGUCCGAGCAACUGCUAAAGUACAAUAGUCAAAGAUUCCUCAACGUAAGCAAUAUGAACUCGCGGAAGAACAGUGCCGAUUCGGCCUACUCGAACUCCGCGAAUAGUUACUACUCGGUGACCGAGGUCGAACCCGAGAAGGAAUUCGUAACUCCAAGGCUACCGCCAUCUAGGUCGGAAGAUACGCUGGUGGAUAAAAAGAAGUCUUCCGAACAAUCUAGCGCGAGUAAAAAGCGACCUCCAACGAUGUAUUCCAGCUAUUCGGCGACGUCUAGCCCGUUGUUGAGUGUUCGUACGCCCUUCGUGGCUACGAUUGCCAGCGUAACAAAGACUUCCUCUUCCGGAGAAGACACCGAGAACCGAACCGUCAUACCUGCCCCUUUGAAAGUUAGCAAGAAACCCCGCGACCAAGCAUUAAAGACGCUCAACCAAAUCGAACCGGACUACGAACCGAUAGUUACGACGUACCUAAAGCCGACCUUGACCGCCCUACAGAACGAAGCGAAAGGUUUCCAAACGGCCCUGCACAUUGCCGAAGAACCCCAGGGUCCUCUGCAGCAACUUCCACCGGACGUGCUGGACCACCGAACGAUGGCGGCAUCCACCGCCGUACCGGACCUUGCUCAAUCCUCCCAACGACGACCGGUCGUAUCGCCUAAUCCUGCGGAACCGGUCCCCGCCAGCGAAGGGACCCCUCCGGCCGAACCCAGCACCCCGCUACAAACCAGUAUCGUCCAGGUGUACGCCGCCUAUGAGACAGGCCUUCCGAGCGGAACCUCCCUAAAACUGCGCGUAACGCAGAAGACUACGGCGCGGGAGGUGAUCGAUCUGGUCGUCAAACAGCUCAACAUGGCCGUGGUGCUCAAGGGGAAGGACGGUCCCAUCUACGCCGCCGACAAGCUGGACAACUUCUGUUUGGUGGCCGUGAUAGGGGCGAGGGAACGCUGCCUACGGGACGACUUCCGGCCGCUGCAGCUGCAGAACCCCUGGAAGAAGGGCCGGCUGUACGUGCGGCAGAAACAUGAUCUCCUAGCGGCAAUCGAACAUUCCAACCGGGAUAUGGCGGAAAUCUAGUGAUAGCGAGUGCGUGCCGGUGUGUGUGAGGUUGUGUGAUCCUGUUCGGAUUUUUCAAUGUGUGCGCCCGUGUGUUAGUUGUUAGGGACGAAAUUACGCUGACUUAGGGGCCUGAACGUAAGAGGGAACGGAGCGCACGACUUUUUAGAAGAAAUGCUACGAAUUAGCUCUUGAAGGAAUUACUGGACGAAUUUCUAGAGAAGCUGCAAUAAAUUGCCACAAAAAUCCUGUCGUGUUUUGUAGAUGAUUUGAAGUUGAGGUCAUAUCCUUGGGUACGAAAGUGACCCCGUUGUCUUUGUACUAGCUCAGGGCAACAUUUCAAUAGUGGUAUGGAGCUAGAUUCGCCCAGAAAUUCGUUGAGCCCUCGUGUUGCUUCAACAGAGGAAGCAGACGCUUCUGUAGACACUUCUUGGAUUAAAUCUCCCCGUGUACCGUCCCGGUCUAGGUUCCGGUAGUUACGAACGGCUUACUCAGUCCACCAUAUAAGCAGAUCUCUUGUCAAAUCAUGUAUUUCUGGGCAAAUUUUGAAAGUUUCUGCAUUCUUCUUCCUCCGGAACAUCAAACUGGUUCUGGGCGGCGAAGAAAAGUCGCCCCGGAGGCUGCCGGAAGUUUAAAAAUCAUCACUACGUUGACUGCAUGAUUCACAAGACUGAUUUAUUAGUUCUGUUUACCUGCCUUCUACCGUGCGUCUCCAUGUCAAAUCCUGUUAUUCUUUCUUUCAACUUUUACUUUUCUCGCAUUUUUCAGUACCUCUUCUAUUCUCUACACAGUGUAAUGAGCGCUUGCACACUGACGUCAUCAUUGUAUCCUUCUCUUUAUUUCCUUCGGCGUCGGUCCAUAAAGCCGUCCUUGCCCUCUAUGAGGUUAGGUUUUUGCUGCAAGCCUCUAUGCAGUUUUUUUAACCUGGAUUGGAACUGAUUCAGCGGAGAAUGUGUAAACAAACAAACGUCAAACAACUGAAUAAAAAACGGCACAAGUAAACAUUACACUCUUAACUGCUUCUAUCCAAAUUUUCAAGAGAAAGUACCCAAUGGGUAGUUUUCUAUAGCGGUUAUUUUUCGUGAUAUAAUAUGGAGUGGGAUAUCCUUUACAAAUAGGGUCGUCAUCGCUUCUCUUCCGUUCCCAUUGCGUUCGAGGCCGCAAGUCGUUCCAACUGUAGAAUAAACUAAACUGAAGAAACAAAAAAAAAAGAAUAAUGAAAGACACCGAUGUGAUAGAACCUUUUUUAAGAACCAACCGCCUUGGUUUCGCCGAAAGAAGGCUCUCUAUUUUAGUACCAAAACACACUUUAGGAGAGUGCGUGUAUGAUUUUAGAUAAUUUUUGCUUGGCGACUAAAAGAGGCGCAAACUAGUUUUAGGGAAAACAUGAGUUCAAAGAUAAAAUUUUUGAUUUCCGACGAGUUAUCCACCCCAUUUGUAAAGAGAGUUGUACUGAGGGAUUAAAUUACUAGUAGCGAUAGGAAAAAAAUGGAUUUUAAAACUAACCUAGAAACUAAAGUAGAAGAUAGACUAAAUGUCCUAAAGGAGAAGACAUCAAAAAAAUACCAAAUAGCGGAUCAGAGCUGAAAUUGACUUUUGAAUAAUCCUAUAGCUGUGUACGUUCUGAACCUACCUACUGAUAAAAUAGAACAAUGGGCAUACAAGCAAACACUCCAAAAGUAUUUCAAAUUCGUAGGUCAAAGUCUGGGUAGUUCGAUUUUUAAUCAAUGUUGAUGGCUGACUUGUUGUUAACUAGACGUUUUCUUGAGGUAGAGCCGAUGGAAGUUAAUCGGAAAGCGUAGAUCUUUGUACCAUUCGCGUGGAAACGUAGUUUCCCAGUCAAGAACGUUCUGCUGAUUUAGAAAAUACCUAGAGAUAUGUUUAACAUAAUAGAUAAACCGAUGAAACGGAAAUCUUAUGACUUCGAACAACUUAUUUAGGAGGAUAGUUUUUGUAAGACAGAAUCGCUCAUCAGUAUAAAUCCAGGUACAAUGUUGAGGAAGUUUAUCCAUCGAACAGUUGAGUACGUUAUUCACAUCGAGCUUAUCUCUCCAAUUAUACGCGAUAGAUUCAGAACAAAAAGAACACUUUGUUGAAACAUUACGAAAGAAAGAACACCUCCAAUUUGUACCAAGCAUUACCACCAUCCCCAUCUGUUUUGGGUUUGGAAGCAGUUCGGGUUCGGGUUCUCAAUUAAACGCAUAUGGAUGUAGAGGCAAAUAUAAAUCUUAUCGACAAACAAUCGAACGUUGAAACAAAACUCUAAAAGUAAAAACCAAUUGUACAUAGAAUAGUGUAAUCAAGCAAACCUGAACAAACAAACAAAUCCCAUACGAUGAAAAAAAAAACUAAACAAAACACAAACAAUAGAUAUUAAAAGAAACACACCAUGGACAGGAGGGGAGGAGCUGGUUCCACCAAAAUCCAAUCUAACUAGAAUUAAUUAAAUUCAGAACAAGAUGCACCCAAGAGAUUCUCUAUACAUGUUGAUCAAAAAAGUAUUUAAAAAAUA